AUGUACCAGUACAGGUUAGGGGUUGACCUGCUGACAGGAAACUCUGUGGAGAAGGACCUUGGACCUUAUUACCUUAUAGGCCUUCAUAAAAACACUGCUCCAGCAUGGAUUCCUCCUGGGACCCAGGUCCUGCCAGGAGCCUGCUUCUGCAUGGACUCUUCAUGGGCUGAAUCUUCCCUUAAGGAAUGUCCACCUACUGUGGCAUGGAGUUUUCUGCAGGCUGCAGUGUUCGUGUCUGCUUUGCCGUGGUCCUCUGUGGGCUGCAGGGAGACAAUCUGGUCCACCAUGGUCUUCUCCACAGGCAGCACAGGAAUCUCUGCCCCAAAAACUUUUUGUCUCUUUCCCUUCCCCCCGGGAACAGAAGAAAGUGGCAAGAGUAUGUUCAUUAAACAAAUGAUGAUUAUUAUUGAUGUAUCAGGUUACAUGGAAGAAGACAGGAAAGGCUUCACAAAACUGGUUUACAAAAACAUAUUUGCUGCCAGGCUAAUCAGAGCCAUGGAUACUCUGAAGAUACAGCAGACAUCCAAAGAGAAUGAAGGAAAUAUUCCACUUCUUAGAGGACAACUUUCCCUAACACACACAGGAUGUCCAUGCGCUCAGGUCCCUCUGAACCUCUCUCUGGAUUUUCUUCGUCUUGGAACAUACGUUCUUCUAAAUGGGAAGACAAACAAUUCUAAAGGAGGUCAUUAUUCAUUUACUUGGGAGUCUCUGUUUGAAGCAAAGACUACAUGUUGUGUUACUGACCUUCAUCACAUUGCUGUGCCCUCGUUUGUGCGGACUCUCAGCAAGAUAUUCUUAAGAGUCCGAGUGCCAACUACAGGAAUUAUUGAGUAUCCUUUUGACUUAGAAAAUAUUAUAUUUAGGAUGGUGGAUGUAGGGGGACAAAGGUCAGAACAAAGGAAGUGGAUCCAUUUUUUUGAAAGUGUUACAUCCAUAAUUUUUUUAGUUGCAUUAAGUGAAUAUGAUCAAGUGUUGGCAGAAUGUGACAAUGAAAAUUGAAUGGAAGACAGCAAGGCCUUAUUUAAAACUAUCAUUACCUAUCCUUGGUUUCUGAAUUCUUUGGUCAUUUUGUUUUUAAAUAAAAAAGAUCUGCUAGAAGAGCAAAUCAUGUAUUCUCACCUAAUUAGUUACUUCCCAGAAUACACAGGACCUAAGCAAGACGUCCAAGCUACCAGAGAUUUCAUGUUGAAGCUAUACCAGGAUCAAAAUCCAGGCAAGGAGAAAGUAAUUUGUUCCCACUUCACUUGUGCCACAGACACAUAAAAUAUUCGUUUCAUCUCUGCUGCCAUCAAGGACACGAUCCUGCAACUAAACCUGAGAGAGUUCAGCCUGGUUUGAAGUGAAAACAUGGUUGCAGCCACAAAUACGGCUUACUCAUAGCACAGCACGUAUUAGUAUUAAAAAAAGCGUGUCUUUUCAACAAAAAUGAAUUUACAUCUACUGAAGAAGUAUGGAUUAAAAAAACUUUAAACAAGGAGUUUCAAAGGGAAGGACAUUGACCUCUAUGCUGUGCCCAUACUAGAGAAAAGCAGUAAUAAAUACUGAGGGAGCACUGCAGAUCACCUUGGGACAAGGUACAGGCUAUGCUGCCACUUGCAGCCAAGAAGCAGCCAAGGAGGAGAGAGAGAAAGCAUGGAACAGAACAGCAUGGCUCUGCAUACGUGGCCAAAAAUAACACUGAAGGAACAAAGACGUGUUCGUGACUGGGCAGUAACACAUCGGAAUGCUGUCUUUCAUCUACUUCUGCAAGACAUCUUUUUGAGAUGAUACUACUACAAAAAAAAAAAGGAGCAUACAUGAUCCAUAGCAGUCUUAAGCAUCAGUAGUUUCAGCUGAAA